CUCAGUCGGACCGCUGCGACUGUCUGCAGCGUGCGCUGCCCUGUUUGUACACAGUGCGCCGUCUAUUCGGGACCAACGCGUUUCUGUCUUUAUUGCAUUGUGCACCACUGCAGUAAAGAGAAACUGUACCCACACGAGCAGUAUCACUUCUAAUAACAGUCAGUCUAACCGGUAACGUCCACAUCCCCGUGAAGGACUUACAGAGAAUACUGAGGGCAUCAGCAUCAUUCCAGCAUCGUUGACGAAAGGGAAUACGAAGACAAGUUUUCCUCCGCUCGCCUGUAUUAGCUUUUAUGUGACAGCGGACUGGGCAACUGCUAUUUCAUGAGAGAAUGGGACCGUUAUUUCUUUCUCUCGUCCUCUGCAUAAGCGUCUCUGUCCCGCAGCACGCGAAAGGGGAGGAGUGCGAGCCCAACCCAUGUGCGAACGGGGCCGCCUGUUUUACGGCGCUGGCUGACGAGGCCUUCUCAUGUGAGUGUCGCUCUGGCUUCACAGGUCCCAAGUGUGCUAGUGUUGUGGAGGUUGCAGCCGAUGGAGAGGACCCUACUUCAGCAGGGCCUUGUCACCCAAAUCCCUGUCACAAUGGGGGGAUGUGCGAAGUCAGUGAGACAUACAGGGGCGACACCUUCAUUGGAUACGUGUGCAAAUGCCUUGCUGGCUUCAAUGGAGUCCGCUGCCAACACAAUGUGAAUGAAUGCGAAAGGCAGCCAUGCAAAAAUGGUGGAAUCUGCACAGACCUGGUUGCCAACUACUCAUGCGAAUGCCCUGGAGAAUUCAUGGGAAGGAACUGUCAAUACAAAUGUUCUGGACCUUUGGGGAUGGAAGGAGGAAUAAUCUCCAACCAGCAGAUCACAGCAUCUUCUACACACCGAGCACUGUUUGGGCUGCAGAAGUGGUACCCAUACUUUGCCAGACUGAACAAGAAGGGCCUGGUCAACGCCUGGAGUGCUGCAGAGAAGGACAGAUGGCCCUGGAUACAGAUAAACCUGCAGAGGAGGAUGAGGGUGACGGGCCUGAUAACGCAGGGGGCCAAGCGCAUCGGGAGCCCCGAGUACGUCAAGUCCUACAAGGUGGCCUUCAGUGACGAUGGGAAGGCCUGGAGGACCUACAAGGUCAAAGGCACGGACGAGGACAUGGUGUUUCGUGGGAACGUUGAUAACAACACACCAUCUGCCAACUCUUUCACUCCGCCGAUUGAAGGACAGUACGUACGGAUUUACCCACAAGUCUGCAGGAGACACUGUACCCUUCGCUUGGAGCUUCUGGGCUGUGAGCUCACAGGGUGUUCUGAGCCAAUGGGGAUGAAGACAGGUCAUAUCCAGGAUUAUCAGAUCACUUCAUCAAGCGUCUUUCAGACACUUAACAUGGAUAUGUUCUCCUGGGAGCCAGGAAAGGCCAGACUGGACAAGCAAGGCAAGGUCAAUGCAUGGACAUCUGGGCACAAUGACCAGUCACAGUGGCUACAGGUUGAUUUACUUAUCCCCACCAAAAUCACUGGCAUCAUUACCCAAGGAGCCAAAGACUUUGGGCACGUCCAGUUUGUGGGCUCCUACAAACUGGCUUUCAGCAACGAUGGAGAAAGAUGGACUGUCUAUCAAGAUGAGAAAACGAGGAAAGACAAGAUAUUCCAGGGGAACUUUGACAAUGAGACGCACAGAAAGAACGUGAUGGAGCCGCCCAUCCACAGCCGCUUCCUGCGGAUCCUGCCCUGGUCGUGGUACGGUCGGAUUACUUUGCGAGUCGAGCUGCUCGGGUGCACAGAGGAAGACUGAGCUGGGCCCCAACGGCCCCUGCCCCAACACCCGGGCCCCAGGAAUAUUGGAAUAUUAAAGAUUACUCCAGCAUCUCCAUAGAAACUGUGUGAAACCUGUACAAAAUAAUCUAUUUCUGAGGGGUUUUUUCAAGAGUGUUUGGUUGUGAUUGGCAGGAAUUUGUGUUUUGUAUAAUGAUCUAAACCUGCCCUUGUCAAAUAUGUACUUUUUAGACAUCAUUAUUAUUAUUAUUAUUAUUAUUAUUAUUAUUAUUAUUAUUAUUAUUAAUGGUAGUAAUAUUAAUAUUUGUAUUGUUUUUAUUAUUAUUAUUUGUUUUGGUUUUGGUUUUUUAGUGGAAUGUAUUUGUUCUGAGUGGAGGGGAAAUGUUCACACUGUGGUAUAACGGCUGCAGUGUUACUUUCUAGGUGUGAGGCCUAUCUGAAUUGCCUCUUUGGCUUUGAACAUUGCCCAUAUCCGACUAGAAAGCAAAAAGUUAUUUAAAGUUAGGAAUUAUUAUUUGAAAAAGAUAACCACUAAUAUUAUGCAAUGCAUUUGUACUUUUUACUAUAACACUUAAUGAACAUUACUGUCAUUCUUGUAUUUUGGGAUGGAUCGAUACUACAUUAAAAUAACCAUCUAACAACAAUUGCAUGGCACACAACUCAUGGUAUUUAAUCCAUAUUGUAACGUUUUUAAAAAGCUUGCAAUACACAACAUCAACAAUGUGGUUUAAGAGUAUACAGUAUAUUUUUAUGUCAUUUUUCUGUUAUAUUUCCUGACAUACACUGCAGAGGUUUAGACCUAAAUACAAUCAGCUGUACUAUUAAGAAAGAGUUAAAGGAUAAUAUUAGUAAAAUUAAAUGUAAAAUAAUUAUCUCAAUUUUCUAAUUAUCAACUUUAUUUUUUCUUUAUUUAUUUUAAAUCUAUUUUUUUAAAGUUUGUUUUUGGCUUCAUAUGCCUAGGUUGUAUGCUGAAAUUGUGAAUUUUCUUCCGUUUACUUUGCAUUACAUUUUCGCUCAAAUUUAAAUAUGAUAAGCUCAGGAUAGAAGCCUCUUGUUUUUACUUUUUUUUUUUAUCAUUAGUAUUUUUACCCACAGUUCUCUGAGAUGCUUAAGCGUAAAUUAAUUGCUAAAUAUAAUUACGAAUUUACCAUUUGUGUCUGAAAGUAGUUGAAUUAAUUUUUAGGAAAAUUGGAACCCAAACAGCUAAUUGCAUAUUACAUGCAGUUUGCAUUAAAUCCACUUUAUUCUCAUAUAUUGAAGGUAUAUUCCAUCAUUUUAACAUCACAGAACAAAUCAGUUCAGUUGCUAUAUUAAACAGUUGUAGUUGUUGCUACUGUAUGUCUUCAUGUCUACAUCAUUCCUGUACUGUAUGUUGACAUUCACAUACACAACACUACAUAAAUUAUGAAAAAUAUAUAUAGUUAUGAAAAGCUACAGUUCAAACAAUAUAAAUUAAGUGGAUUGAAUUAAACCAAUUGCACAUUAUACAUACACCAGACAGCAAAACCUUGCUACUGGACUGUUGCCAUGUCUGAACUGUGUAGUAGAUCUUCAGAUGAAACAUCUAUUUUGUUUAUUAAUAUUAUUUUUUAGCUCAAUGGAUGCCACAAUUAGGUAAUUUUGAUUAAAAAAAACGAGUUUUUUUGAAUGGCAGAAUUAAUUUUAAAAAAUGAACUGCCAAUACAUAAAAGAGUUCCUUGCCAGUAUUUUGAGUCUAUCCCAGAAUUUCGACAUCCUGUUGGAGUGAUAUGUCAAAAGGUAUAGAAAUGUCCACAACUUUGAUUGAAAAUGAACAAGUAAUGCAUUGUAGAACUAGUUAUGUAGGGACUUGAUAUGUUUUCUGACAUGUCCCAUGGUAUCUGAUAGAAGUGUAUAAUAAAUUGAAUUAGAUGUCAUUGUCAUAAAAAACUAUUUUGCCGUUUUUCAUUGUAUAUUGUGCAACAUUCUUCCAAAUUUACACUGUAUGUAUUCGAGUUUCAUGCGGUUUCCAGAAUUUUCUGUUAUGCCGAACAUGACCAUGGCCAUGACCCAUUUCAGAUGAUGUAGUCUUAUUACUCAUAUCACUGUGCUCUCCAAGGUCAUUCAGCCCAGGUAAGGCCUUUUCAAAGCUUCUUUUGACUCAAGAUUCCCAUCUCUGUGCUCCUAUUGUAGAAUCUGAAGCAUUCCAGUUUGAUGGAAUUUCAUUAAGGAGCAAACCCGAGGAUAGCAUUGAGUAGAAUAAUGUAUACUGUAUCGGGAAAUAUUUAUUUACAAUACACAAGAAGUGGUCAAUCCGUGGAACAGCUUGCCAGGACAUGUAGUAGGGGCAGAGAUUAGGAAGCAAAGCUGGAUGUUCUCUAGUUUGUAGGUGAACAGUCUCUUCUCAUCAUCAUGUAUUUCUAUGUUCUUCAAACAUGGACCGGCAACAUAUUGCAAACCGGAAACCCCCGUCAUUAGGAUGCAAAGAGGGCAGGGGGACAUUGAAGCUGAGGAAGGAUGAGUCAGUAGAAUCUCUGGCAUUGCCUCUGAUAUCCAAGGAAAUAAUUCAUUUUUUGUUAUUGCAGUUCAAUAUGUAUUAUUUUUUUAUAUGCAAGAAAAACAGAAAGCCUUGACAUUUCAAAGAGGGACAAAAUCAGUUGACAUACCGGGGUAAAAGUUCAGUGUUGUUUCCAGUAGUUUGCGGUCUUUCACGUUGUGUACUGUACCCUGUGAUUUCUUUGAAGAAGUCCACCCAUGUGAAGAUCAGGAUAACCAAAUGAACUGUAAAUUCAGUUAGAUUUUUUCCUCAUUUGGUGUCUGCAUUAUCUAAUGUCAUCAUUUCAGUGUGAAUAACAAGUGCUGUCUGGAAAAAUAUACUGGUCAUAUACUGAUUUGUCAAAGUUUGUUGGGGGAAAGAGGAUGGGUAUUUUAUUGUGUAUAGCUUUGUGGUCACUUCAAGGAACGCUCUUUGUUUUGACAAAUAAUAAAAACAAAAUGUCUGUGAACAAA